AUCAAAGUAAUAAAUCUAGGUACUGAAGAUGUAACAGUUCAGUUUCAACCUCAACUUCAGACUGUGAAUGUAAAGUUUAUGGAUUCGACGGGCUACAUGACAUUUGAGAAUUCUCAGUUGCAAUCGUUAGACAUAAAGUCUGGAAAUCAAAGUAAAACUAUACACAAGGAGUUGCCAGGGGGACACCGUCAUACUCUUGAAGUUAAAAAUACUCAGACAGGCAUUGUUGCUACAUUGCUGGCUGACAAUGUCACGUCAAAACCAGAAGAAGGAAAUAAUCUCAUCAGGUUCAUAAACAAUUUGCCUGAUCCCAUCAACGUCACUAUGGGUGACACUUCUUAUGGAAUACUGGCAUCUCUUUCUGCCAGUAAUUACAGACUCUUUCCAGGAGGAAGAAAGGAUAUGAUUAUGGCUAUUAGAAAUUCAAUGCCUUGUUCAGCUGUUUCAAAAGCACUUGGAUUUGGCGGUGCCUAUACAAUUGUAAUUGAUGAGUGUUCUGGAGGCAGACUUAAUGUAACAUAUUCUGAAGAUAUCGCACCCAACACAGUCCAUAUGGCUUGGCAGAUCCCUCAGUAUUUUAUUCUUACGUGUGCAGAAGUAGUCUUCUCUGUCACUGGGCUGGAGUUUUCCUACUCACAGGCCCCAUCUAACAUGAAGGCAGUGCUGCAGGCGGGAUGGCUGCUAACGGUGGCUGUUGGAAACAUAAUUGUCCUUAUCGUGGCUGGAGCAUCCAAACUCAGUGAGCAGUGGGCAGAAUAUGUGCUGUUUGCUGCCUUGCUGUUGGCAGUUUGCAUCAUUUUUGCUGUCAUGGCUUAUUUUUAUACCUAUGUUGAUCCAAAUGAGAUUGAAGCCCAAAUUGAUGAGGAAGAAAAG